UUCCCCAAGAUCUCACGAGAUCUCAGGGAGAAGUUUUAUUUUUGGUCUCAGCAAAUGAAUGUAAUUUUGUAUUACACACAAGCCAGUCAGGGGUGGACUGACAACUCAUGGGGCCCCCAGGCAAUAGGGGAUCAUGGGGCCCCUGUGUCCUUGCCCAAACUCAAAAAAGCCUAUGAAAAAGGUACCAGGGGCAUCUCAUGGGGCCCCCUACUGACCCCGGGCCCUCGGGCAGUGCCCGAGUUUCCAAAUGGUUAGUCUGCCCCUG